GACCCUGUGCGAGAGUGGUACAUCGACCCCUUAGUGUUCCCCUUCCAUCACUGGCAGUCGGCGACUCAUCUAUUUCGCCUUCACAACGAGGUCACCAGCCUGCAUUUUCCGGGAAAUGACGGACAAUUAUGCUUCAAGCUCCACCUCGCACAGGCAGGAUGAGCAUACAAAGGAUGCCGUCUCAAGCGCGCCAUCUGGCAGCUUGUCACCAAAGAAGCCUGUUUUUUAUCGCUCGACCUUCUUUCAAGCGACCGUGCUGGGAAUCUGCAGCUUUCUGGCCCCUGGAUUAUGGGGCGGGCUGUCUUUGCUAGGCGCGGGAGGUAGCCAGAGCACAUCGCUCGUCAAUGCAGCGAACUCAUUGACUUUCUGUCUCAUGGUUGUCACUUGCCUUCUUCAGCCAGCACUCGUGCGACUGAUCGGCAUACGCUAUGCGUUAGCAUUUGGCGGCGCAGGCUACUCUGUCUACGCAGCAGGUCUCUACCUUAAUAGCGCGUACAAAGUAACGUGGCUCAUUGUUUUUGGAGCUGCAUGCUGCGGAAUCAGCGCCGGCGUGUUUUGGAGCACAGAGGGCGCGGUUAUCCUUGCGUACCCGGAGAGGAAGAACCAGGGACGCUACCUCAGCUAUUGGCUGGCGUAUCGGGUGCUCGGACAGGUUCUAGGGGGCGCAAUCAACCUCGGUUUAAAUGCGAACAAUGCCAAUGCUGGCAGUGUCAGCGUUCAGACGUACCUUGUCUUUGUCAUUCUCCAAGCCCUGGCACCAUUUGCCGCACUGCUUCUCAGCCCGCCGCACAAGGUUCAGCGCACCGAUGGUUCGCCCGUCUUUCUCGAGGUCACAGGCUCACCCACCUCGCAGAUUACUGAGCUCGUCAAGUGCCUGUUCCGACCUAAGAUUCUGCUGCUACUACCACUCAUCUGGUCCGGCACAUUCAGCGAAGCUGUGACUGGGACAUUCAACGCGACCUACUUUUCCGUCCGAUCGCGCGCUCUCGGCUCUUUCCUUGCUGCCAUAUUGGCGAUCAUCGCCAACUGCCUGCUGGGUGCAUUUCUCGACUUCCGGCGGUUGACCAUCAACCAACGCGCCAAAAUCGCUUACAUGCUUGUGUACGGCCUGCAAGGCGCGUAUUGGAUUUACGCAAUUGUUGUCAUGAACAACUUCCACAAUCGCCCCGAAAAGCCGACUUUUGACUGGUCAGACAGCAGCAGCGACUGGGGACGUGGAUUCGGCGUCUACCUCAUGCUUCAGAUCGGAUUCAACACCUGCUACGAGCUGGCAUACUUCAUCGUCAGUGGAUGCUCGGAUGACCCGGAGGACAUCAUCCGACUCACUGCCAUUAUCCGUGGCGUAGAGUCUGCGGGCCAGGCCGUAUCGUACGGCAUCAACUCGACUUCACUGCGACUCGACGCUGUUGCAGGCAUCAACAUGGGCCUCUGGGUGAUUGCGAUCAUUCCAGCAUGGCUUGUCGUGCGGAAGCUCGGCAUCACCCCCGACGGUACCCACAUACAUCAGUAUGCCAUCUACGCCCGCUCCGAGCAGCGCAAGGAGCUUGUGGACCAGGGCCUGGCCGUUGCCGCGCCGGACCAAAAAGGCGCCGAAGUAGACGCAAGCGACGCGGUGCGGGCUACGUCUCGCUUGUGAGGUGCU